UUAACAAAUAAAACAUUGUUAAAUAUGUUUUAUUGGUUAAUACUUUGUUUAUGAUUUAGCAAAUAUAUACUUAGAAACAACACAGACUAAACUUGAAACAAAUAACACUGUGGGGAAACAGUAAAAUCACAGCUGUCAGGGAAAUUUUAUUUAAAAAAUAAAAAAAGUAAAACUUUACCUUGGUUUAUGUUUCCUUUAAAACUGAAUUUCUCUCCUUUACAUGCCCCCACAAUUUUUUACCUAUCAAACUCUCUUUAACCUGGCACCAUUGCACACACAGCACUUUAAAACAUUCUAUUUAUAAAGUUUCAGUGACUUGUGAGCAAGCUUAGAAUGCACUUUUUUUUAGUGUACUUUUAAAACAUUUUUACUAUGGUGUGUCCGUAUUGCAUUUACAAACUGUAGAACUGAUUGUAAUGAAUGCCCUAUCCAAUAUCUAUAUGAUUGGCAGUAUUUCCACAUUACAGUUUAGUUGCUGUCAGAUAUGAUUGCUGUUUUCACCUCAGUUGCAUGAGAAUGCAAGUAACACAAUAACAUGCAAAGUUACAAUAGAAGAAAGAAACGUACAGUACAAUGUAGAGAGUGCUCUGUGUUAUAAGGGCAGCAGAUCAACAGUACCUCAUGGCUCUACAUUUUAUUACUGAGUAUUAUGUGUUGAUUUAGCCUAAUAUCUUUUAGAGAAAAUGCAAAUUGUUGGCCAGUAACACUAAUUUAGAGUAUCUGGGUGCCUCUCAUUUCCAUUAUUUCUGACGGAAUGUUGUGUUGCCCAGUGUGUGCUUGCAGACCAUGUGACUGUUUCCUUGGUGAAUGCAAACUAAACAUUGUGUACUAAAGCACUUACAAGUAUUCGAUACAGUAGUGAGAGGAUACAUGUCAGUGGCAUUAGCACAUUUGUUUUUACUACACCUGUAGUGCUGUUAAAAAUGGGGUGCAGUUUACUUGUCAGAUAGAAGGCAGCUAGUAUAAAACACUUUCUGCAUUAAAUCUUCUAGCUACACUCACAGGAAAGAUGGGACUCAUCCAAGAUUCCUGAGUAAUAAGAAUGGGUCCAGAUGUACCUCUCCUGAAUGAUUACAAACAGGAGUUCUUCUUGAAGCGCUUUCCACAGACUGUUUUGGGAGGUCCCCGGUUUAAAUUAGGCUAUUGUGCGCCUCCUUACAUAUAUGUGAAUCAGAUCAUUCUUUUCCUGACACCAUGGGUUUUGGGAGGAAUAGGAACACUUUUGUACCAGUUAGACAUUAUGAAAGACUAUUACACUGCAGCACUUUCAGGAGGACUAAUGCUUGUUACAGCACUUAUUCUCCAGAUGACAAAUCUGAAUGCAAGACAGAAAACAGUGACAGUAGAAAGAAUGCAAAUUCAGAAUACCCUAAGGGAUGAAGAUGAGUAUGAAUUUUCCAGCUGUGUGGGUUCAGAGACAGUUAAAUUUAUUAUUUCAGGCAAGAAAUAUUUAGUCAACACUGUAUUUCAUUCGUUUCUUGCUGGGGUAAUGUGUGGGUUGGGAACUUGGUAUUUGCUGCCAAACAGAAUAACCUUGCUGUAUAGUAACAUUGGAGGAACUGUUGUGAUCUUUGUGUUUGGAUGGGUAACUAUUUGUAUAGGAGAAUAUUCUUUAAUCAUAAACACAGCAACAGAGACAGCUACUUUUCAAGCACUGGAUACUUAUGAAAUUACUGCUCUGAUGAGACCUUUCUAUAUUUUUGUCUUUAUUGCAGUGGAUCUUGCACACAGGUUUACUGUUAACAUGCCAGUUUUAGAACAGACAAACCAGAUUUUGCACAUCAUAUUUCUAUUUUUGCCAUUUUUAUGGGCAUUGGGGAUUCUGCCCCCACUUGAUGCACUUUUUCUAUGGGGAAUGGAACAAGUGUUGGAGUUUGGCCUAGGAGGUUCACCCAUGUCAAGUAAUACAAGGUUGUUAGUAAUGUUUCUCAUUUCUGCUGGAACAGCUAUAGCAUCAUAUUUCAUUCCCAGCACUGUUGGUGUGGUCCUCUUCAUGACUGGAUUUGGAUUCAUACUCAGUCUUAACCUAAGUGAGAUUGGUCUAGCCUUCAAGCACACCAUGAUCAGCCAUUUAGCUUCCAACAAGUCUAAGUGCUCUAAGUCCAGUGGUCCUAGGAUACACUUUGGAUGGAGGGAAUUCUUUUUCUAUUUGACUGUCUUGACAUUGGCUCUUAUAGAAGCCAGCUUGCUGCAUCACUUUGCUGGUUUUUCAGCAUUUUCCAAAGCCAGUCCCCAGGCUAUAGUGAGUUACAUUCUGAUCGUAUUACUUAUAGUUAUGUGGAUUCUUAGAGAGAUUCAGGGAGUGUACUUGUUUGGAAUCUUCCGAAACCCUUUUUAUCCAAAGGAUGUCAGGACUGUGACUGUGUUCAUGGAGAUGCAAAGAAGGCUUAUGAAAGUUGGUGUUGUCAGAAGGAUUUUACUAACACUAGUGUCUCCAUUUGCUAUGAUAGCAUUUCUUUCAUUAGACAGUUCCCUACAAGGUCUUCAUUCUGUAUCUGUUUGCAUUGGAUUCACCAGAACCUUUAGAAUGGUUUGGCAAAAUUCAGAGAAUGCCCUGUUGGAGAUGGUGAUUGUAUCGAUAGUGCAGAUGUUGCUAUUUAAUACUGAUGUGUGGUGGAACAGAAGCCUUGAUACAGGAAUCAGACUCUUACUGGCUGGUGUCAUUCGGGAUCGAUUACUUCAGUUGAUCUCAAAACUGCAGUUCGCUGUAGCUGUUCUCUUGACAUCAUGGACAGAGAAAAAGCAACGUCGGAAAUCUACUGCAACCUUAAUAACACUCAACAUUGUUUUCUUCCCAAUUGUAUUGGCCUUCAUAGCUGUCUCUGCACUACUUUCUUCCCCCAUGCUGCCGCUCUUCACUCUACCAAUAUUUUUGAUUGGGUUUCCUAGACCUAUCCGAAGCUGGCCUGGACCUGUGGGUGCAACAGCAUGUGUUUGUUCAGAUACCAUGUACUAUCAGCAGGUGGUUCCAAGUCUGGCCACUGCACUGCAGUCUGCACUGGCAUCAGGUAGUCUAGGUCUCUCUUUACCUGGAUCACACUUCUUGUGCCGUUUUCAGGACAGACUGAUGUGGAUAUUAGUACUAGAAAGAGGCUUCACAUACUGCUGUGUUAAUAUUAAGGGGCUAGAAUUGCAGGAAACUUCCUGCCACACUGCUGAAGCACACAGAGUGGAUGAAGUUUUUGAAAUGGCCUUUGAACACCAGGAGCAUGCAGAGACUUUCUCUCUCAAUCAUCAUUUUGGAAACAUUUUAACCCCUUGUACCACUCUACCUGUGAGACUGUAUUCUGAUGCCAGGAAUGUCUUGUCUGGGAUCAUUGAUUCACAUGAGAACUUAAAGCAACUGAAAGAUGAUUUCCUUAAAGUGCUUGUAUGGAUACUUGUCCGGUACUGCUAUAAAAAAUCAAAAAUGUGCGAGAAGCUGGACAAAACAACCAAGAACAAAGAAGGGUCAUUUCCAUUAACCCAGCCCAAUGCAUUUGACAGUGCAGUAGAAAAGCCCAGGCCCAUAAGGGAUGAAGAUAGCUUUAGUGUAGAUACAAUUGCGGAUUGGACCGAUGAUAGUGAUCUUUUUGAUCUUGAGCCCAGCAGAACAAGAGAGAGAAAAGAAACCGAGCCAUUGGAAGCUGCACCAAGAACACUUUUGUCUGUUCCAGGGUCAGUAGAAAUGGAGAGCGCAGUUGGUGCUCUGCAGGAGACAGCCCCUGAAGAUAAACUCUACAAAGCUGUUGUGCUUGGCCUCCCUGCUGUAGACAAAGGAAAGAAGCAGGAAGUUGUAAACUUGCCUUUAGUUGCAUUUAGCUGCUCCUACUCUGAGUUGCUAAGCAUACCUGAAGAGUGGACAACUGCUCCCAUACCUACUUCCAAACUCAAUGAGAUGAGGCAGAGGUUUCCGGAAGACUGGUACCAUUUUGUUUUGAGUCAACUGGAUUUUUUUCAUUUGAAAGAAAAACCUUCCAAUUUACUUGAUGACAUAACUAAAGACAAAGCUUUGAAAGAGUUGUACGUCCAUGGUGUAUUGUCUUGUUGUUUUGGUUUGUUUGGACUAGACAAUACAGUUCCUGCUCCUAGUCAUGUAUUUAGAGCAUACACUGGUGGCAUCCCCUGGUGUGUUGGUUUGGAUUGGCUAACUGGAAAACCAGAGCUGUUCCAACUAGCACUUAAAGCAUUCAGAUAUACGUUUAAGCUCAUGGUUGACAAAGCAAGCCUGGGUCCAGUAGAGAACUUCGAAGAGCUGAUUAACUAUCUGGAAGAAUAUGAAAGUGACUGGUACAUUGGUUUAGUAUCAGAUAUUGAGUGGCAACAAGCAGUUUUGCAGGAAAAGCCAUACCUUUUUUCUUUGGGACAUGAUCCUAACAUGGGAGUUUACACUGGGAGAGUGCUCACCCUUCAGGAAUUGUUAGUGCAGGUUGGGAAGCUCAACGACGAAGCUGUCCGAGGUCAAUGGGCAAAUCUUUCAUGGGAGCUGCUGUAUGCUACCAAUGAUGAUGAAGAACGCUACAGUAUACAAGCUCACCCAAUCCUUCUGAGAAACCUUACUGUGCAAGCAGCAGACCCACCGCUUGGCUACCCUGUUUAUUCAUCUGCAUCUCUCCAUGUGCCUUUGUUGUAGGCUGUUGAUUUGUAAGGUGUGUUUUUUGUAUUUCCUAUCUGUAAGGAGGAAACCAAACACUAAUGCUGCAUUUGUACAACUAGAAAUAUGAAGAUCUCAUUGAGUGGCAUUGGAUGGCAGUUGCCAAACCAGGGAACCCUAAUUUGCACGGAAAAGGUGCAAGCUGGAGGCAAGAACUUUAGAAUCUGUUUUUGCAGUGCUGGAACUACCUAAACCCCAUUCCCUGCGUGGCUGCCACAUGUCUUGAUCUCCACUUCAGAGAACAGAUGCUUAGCUCUGGCCACUAACUGUUGUUGGUGCCUUUUUUUUUUUUUAAUAGCUUGACAGGUGACUUGCAUUUGUAGGCAGGUUACAGCUCAUUGUAGUAUAGUGAACUGUAGAGUUGGUAACCAAAGUGUACGUAUGAAUAUUUAUAUGAAAUUUUUAUUCUCAUUUUACA